AAAUCUCAAAUUCCAAUCACACCCCGUUAAUAUAUUUAUAUUCUUCACAGACGAGUCCACUGGCCUUCUCACUCUUUCUCUGUAUCGUCGUCCCUCUCAUUCCCUCCUCAUCAAACCCUAAAACUCAAAUCAUUCAAUUCAAUCGAUUUCAAUCAAGGGUUUCUAAAUGGAAACCCUAACCCCAAUCCAAUCUCCUUCAAUCCCUAACCUCCCUCUCUUCUUCCUCAUGUUCCUCAUCAUAUACCUCAUCGCCUACUUCAUCAUCUUCCCCAAUUGGAGCCCUAAAUUCCGACCCGAAGCUUCCAGCUGUGCCAUCUCUCUUGCUCACGGCACUCCCGCCUUGUUCUUGGCCUCUCGCGCAAUUUUCUCCGAUCCAAAUCGAGGUUUUGCUUCGAUCAACACCAAUUCCCAAAACUCAGUCCUCGAUUACAGUAUCGCUUACUUUUUAAUGGACCUCUGUCACUACCUCAUCUUCUAUCCCAGUGAUUUGCUCUUCAUAGGUCACCAUUUAGCCACUCUCUUCGUCUUCGUUACUUGUCGCUACGUUGUCUUCCAUGGAGGCUACGCCAUUCUCAUCCUUCUUGUUCUUGCGGAGGUGACGAGCUUUUGCCAGAACACGUGGACUCUGGCGAGUGCAAGGAGAGGCGAUUCGAGGGUUGCGAAGAGAGUGUACGAUUUUUUGUCUCCUCCAUUUUAUGCAUUUUACUCUGUUGUUAGGGGUUUGGCUGGACCGAUGUUUAUGUAUGAAAUGAGUAAGUUUUAUUGGAGUGGGGCUGCGGAUGAUGUGAUUCCGAGAUGGGUUUGGGUUUCUUGGGUGAUUGUAGUUGUAAUGGCGAUUUCUGUUAGCAUAUUGUGGAUUUCGAAUCUCUGGGUUGAGUUUUAUAGAGAAAGAACUGGAACAAUUCUGACGAAGAAAGUUUCCUAAAAAGAAAAUUACUGGUAAUUGUGAUUUUGUUUAUUGUGUGUGUUCAUUGGAGGAAUUCAUGAAAUUUAUCGAAUGUUUUCUUGGAGUUUUUGUUUUUUGGAAUUAGAAUAAUGGAUAGUUUGUUGUAUGCAAUUUGUGCCAUUGAGUUAUUGGGUUUAAUGAACUUGUUCAAAAGCUUGUUUGCUUUGAGUUGUUUUU